AUGGCGAGCUGCGUGGCGACGGUGGCGGUGAGCAACGGCAACGGCAACAGCAACGGCAACGGUGUGGGGGCCGGGCGGCGCCUGGAGAACGGCCGGAGCGGGAGGACGAGGUUCCACCGGGCGAUCGAGAGGGACGGGAUCGUGCUGAUGCCCGGCUGCUUCGACGCGCUAUCGGCGUCCAUUAUUCAGAAGACGGGAUUCAGCGCCGCCUUCAUCUCCGGCUACGCCGUUUCCGCCACCCACCUCGGCAUGCCGGACAUCGGUCUGCUCACGUAUGCUCCUGGCCCGCCGAUAUAAUAACCCGUGGCUCCUUUCUUCUCCACACUGUCCAAGUCUUCUGAUUGUCUGUGCUUGACGAAAUGGCCAGGCCGCCGGAGAUGGCGGAGCGAGCUCGGUUCAUCUGCGCCGCCGCCUCCGGCAUCCCGAUCAUCGCCGACGCCGGUAUGAUCUGCUCUCCUCUGGCCCACCGUCCGCAUGAAAGAUGCAGCUUUGGAUAACGACAUUAAAUCUGCGUCACAUUCGUUGACGAAGGGUUUCAUCCACGGGACGGCAGCAUCCGGACGGCUGUACCCUAAGAAAAUGGGACGUCAUACGUACUAAUUCACCACCACACCUCAACCACCAAAUCUGGAGGCUUAUGGACUUAGUAAAAAAUCAUUAGAUCCUCUUUCCUACCAUACCUACUUUGCAUGGAGUCAUGAAUAAAACUUAUUAGUGCAAUAUCUCGCUGGGUUGCAAUAAAAUAAAUGAUAAUUCAAUGCUUCGCAAUGAUUUUUAAGAAAAAAAUACUGACCUAAGGAACUUUGGCGGCGAGUUUCAGACACCGGCGGUGGCAACGCUCUUAAUGUUCAGAGGACCGUCAAGGAUCUCAUCGCCGCCGGCGUCGCGGGAUGCUUCCUCGAGGUACUUCCUUGAGAACUCAAUACCUCGUCCUUUCUUCCUCUUAUUCUUUCUUUAUGUCGCUUCCUGAACCAUCAUCUCUCUCUCUCUCUCUCCCUCCCCUACAGGACCAGGCCUGGCCGAAGAAGUGUGGUAUGGUUCUAAAUAUCUUAUUUUUUAUCGACUUUCCUAGUUUCAAGCCAAGAGACGCUGACAUGCUCCUCGUUCUGUUUCUGGGUCUUUUUUUUCUUCCCACAAGGGCACAUGCGCGGCAAGUCGGUAAUCCUCUCUUCCUUCUCUCCACCCCUGCCCCCUCGCUGGUUCGCUGAGAGGAACUUCCUGCGAAAUUUCCUUACAAAAAUUCAUGACGCGAUGCUGUUCGUGGCGUGAAGGUGAUCCCUGCCGAGGAGCACGCGGCGAAGAUCGCUGCGGCGAGGGACGCCAUCGGAGACGCGGACUUCUUCCUCAUCGCCCGGACGGACGCCCGCGGGCCGAACGGGCUGGACGACGCCAUCGCACGAGCUAACCUAUACUACGACGCGGGGGCGGACGCCUGCUUUGUGGAGGCGCCGAGGAACGACGAGGAGCUGAGGGAGAUUGGGCGGCGCACCAAGGGCAUCAGGAUCUGCAACAUGAUUGAGGGGGGCAUCACGCCCCUCCACACGCCGCAGGAGCUCCAGGCCAUGGGCUUCCAUGUCGUCGAGCACUGCCUGACCACCCUCUACGCCGCCACCCGGGGCAUGACCGAGGUGCUGAGGACCCUCAAGGAGGCCGGCACCACCCGGAAGGCGCUGGACAAGCUGGCCACAUUCGAGGAGUUCAACGAGAUGAUCGACCUCGACUCCUGGAACGAGAUCGAGGCUCGUUUCUCCAAGUACAAAGCCCCCGAGAAGGUGUUGGCGUAG